AUGGCUCCUGAGGCCCCCAGUCUCGACAUAUCUUCCUCUUCCCUCAAACACCGCAGUCUCUCCUUCUUCACCAAACGCGAGUCCACUCCCGCUUCAGUUGCUCGCCAAGUCAGCAUGCGUGGUCCGACGUUCCAUCACAGCCUGCGGUGGAAGUCUUCCAAGAAGCGCGACGCAAAAAAUACCGCCACUGUUCUCCGCGCCGUCCCAGAGGCCGACGCACCUUCGGCUCCCCUCCCACAACGGGCAGAGCGAGAUGCAGCACCAUCGCCUAACGACGAAAUACUCCACGCCAUUGGCCGCCUGCAACCAUCUCCAGACAGCACGUCUCGCCCAAACACGCCUCAUUCGUCGCGCACCUCGUCGUCGCGCGCACCCAGUGUCACGUCUUCCCCAUUCUCGCCUACAAGGAGUCGUCGGGACAAAGUCAGUCCGUUCCCGAGUCCCAAGGUUGGAGUAUGGAAGGAUGGAAAAGCGCAUUGGGAUUCCGCGCCUAGCAUCCCUUUAAUUGCCAAUGCUAGCGACGCAUUCGCCGGGCUCGAGGCCACGCCGAUAACCGACCAAGCUCCCGCCGAAAAGAAGAAUCGCAGGCCGAGAAUACAGGUCAUCAUUCCCAAUGAUCAACGAGCGAUGCCCUUCCCAGCUCUGGCUUUCUUCAGCCAAAACAACAACAUACCUCACUAUGACGCCACAGAGGUGGUUUCCGGAGUAUCACCGCCCUCAGGAUCCCGGAAGCUUCCACUGCGUACAUCUGUAGUCUCGCCUCUUAUGACAAAUAUGCCAAAACCAGCGAGGCCAAGUACCGAUCCUUCGUCGCACUUGGCUAUUGCCGAAGAGCAGCCAGAAGACUCGGGGCCAGGCCAUAGGCCCCUGCCCUCCAUGUCGACAUCCGAUGAGGACUCCCAGAUUGGAGACGAUGAUGCAUCAUCCAACUAUAGCAAACACUCAUCCCGGACGAGCAUGGAUAGCGACAGCAGCCCACGCGAAGUGAAGCCGAUUAGCUUGCACUCACGGUCAGGCAGUGUUGUCUUCUCCAUACACUCUCCUGUGGCUGCAGGUGUCUUCGAUGAUGAUGCUUCUAUUGCACAAAGGACAGCUCCGCGGGAGUCAAGUACUCAAGAUGUCGAGGUUUGCUUGCAGGUCCCUAUGAUAGAGGAAUCUCCUAUACUUGGAUUGCAUUAUCAACACCCCACCCCACGAAAGGGCCAGAAAGCCUACGACGUUCUUGGCAUCUCCCGUCCACAGCGAGGAACUUCGACUGCAUCUCUUUCAACAUGCCGACAUUCGGGAAUUCAAAGACGCACGUCAUCUUGUGGUCUAUCUCGAAGAAGCAACACGUCCUUGAGAAGAAAAGAACUCCUCGAGCGAUCGCUAACGAAGCGUCUACCGCCAACUCCCCCAAGCCCUACUCUUAGUGAAGCGGAACACGAUCUUGAGCACCACCUUACAGCCAUUAACGAUGAUAGCCCUUACAGCCCUUUCGGACUAGAUCAAGCUGUGAACCGCACAGUAGAAGUUGAAGGGGAUGAUCUUUAUGCACACCCUGCUCCUGUUGUACCUCGAAGAUCCAGCAAAAGGAAUACCAUUUUGUCCCCAACCAUGCUGUCGGCAUCUCGCUGUCCCCCUACUUAUAUCGCUUCCCAAUAUCAACAACCAACCGGAAGCCUUAGUCCGCCUGUCCCCACCGAUGGACUCAAGCGUUCAUGGAGCAAAGGCAGAGGACAAAAUCUUACUGUAGCUAUCCCCGAGGCUGCAAAGCGCUUGACGAGCGAUUUUACCUUCUCGCCUAUCCCUAUUCCAGAACCUGCGCAUAAUGCCGACCGUAACAUCAGCCCCGAGGUUGCUGAAGGAGUAAUCCUUAGCAUUCUUCAAAAUCUAGAGAGUCUGGACGACUUGUUUGCAACAGCAGUCGUUAACAAGGGGUUCUACCGUGUCUUCAAGCGUCACGAAUUAAGCUUGAUGAAGAGUGCUCUUCGAAAUAUGUCUCCUCCUGCCUGGGAACACCGCGAGAUCUGUCCUCCUGAUAGUGAGGAGCAGGAUCUUGAGACGCCAAAGCAAGUCGAUUAUACGCCAACUUCCUACCUGCAAUACUACAUACGCGACAUGUAUAUCAUUGCCGCGCUCAAGUCCUUGAUACUCGACCAAUGCCAAUCAUUUCUACGACCGGAGACAGCGGCUGCACUCGCCAGCAAUGACCAGGUGAUCUCUUCCGGUUUAGAUGAUACCUUUUGGCGUAUAUGGUCAUUUUGUAAACUUUUCGGAUCUGGCAAAGGACGGGAAGACGAUGUUGUCGCUCAGAUGGACUGGCUAAAGGGAGGACUACUUGUCCACCAAAACGGCUGCCGAGGGACUAUCUUCAGUACCCAUUCCACUGAUGCUAGCAGCAUCCUUGCGACCGCCCCAGAACAUUUCGCAAAGGGCAAUGAGGGUGGCCUUACAACAGAGCAGCUAUACGACAUGACGGAGCUGUGGAAUUGCCUGGGGGUACUGCUGCAGGGGUUUGAGGGUAGAACCGAGCAAGCACGUGAGUAUGGCGUCUACGAGUCAACAGAAGUGCGUGGAGGUGACGUUGAUGGUGAAGAGUUCAUGCUUGAGGAGUGGUAUCAUUAUCUACUCACCCUCGGCCUCUCCACUAUCCUCGACCUAGCCACGCCUUCGAAGCUGCCAGAUGCGUCUUUGUUCGUCCUAGCAUCGGAGAAUGGAUGGGUCAAUUGGAAAGCCCCACAACACGGUGGCUCUCGCAAGACUUUUCUCAAGGAAGCAGUUUCGCGCGUCUAUGAGGACAAGAUCGCAGCUUCCUUUUCUUCCCAAGGACAGAAGGAGAUGAUCAGGCAGCUUUCCAAGCAAAGGAUCCAAAAACACAUCCUGGAAAUACGGAAGAGGAAGAUGACUGGCGAGAUCAGGGAGGUGCGCAUGAGCCAGGAACGGCCCAUGAGCAAUUGGGAGAGUGUCUUCACCAGGUUCGCGGGUCCGCAACCCCCAGCUUCCCGUGCACCCUCAAUGAGCUCGCCCCUUUCCGCGAGGUCUCCCCUUGCGCCUGUUCCAGAAACAAGCCAUUCGGGCUUUGUAAAUUUGGUGCCGCCUCCUUUGGAGAACCACCCUGCCUUCCUCCAGCACCCGCUACAACAACAAAUCAAUCAGUCAAGUAGUGCCGAGAACACUGCCGAGAAGGCGAUCUAUCGUAUUGUCGAGAUGGGGUUUACGGCCGACCAAGCCCGGCAUGCGCUGCGCAUGACUGAUAUGGGCGACGGCCUUCGAGUUGAUAGGGCAGUGGAGUUGCUCCUACGAGCAUAGAUCUCUCACGUCUUUUUCUACAGCGUUUUGUUACAUUCGCUUCUUGUUUUACUAUCUAUUUUCAAACUUUGAGAGUUUCUUAUGUCAAGGGCGUUUGAUUAAAAGCGGCAUUGGGUUGCUUUUAUUUGUUUGGAGCCCAUUAUCUAUGAUACCCCAUUCGCUAUCAAGAACUAGUAGUGGUAAAAGUUACCCAGAUAUCAAGACAUUCGUUAGAGGACCUACAUCUCACAUGGUUGUAGUUCGUGGGAGGGUGUGUACAAUAUACAAUCCCGGAAAGACGCAAGGGCGAUGAAAUUGAACCUCAUCUCAUAUCUGUG